GAAGCUGCUGUCCGGGGGGAGACUCAACAUGUCCGCCCCGCUGCUCCUCAGGGUUUUCGUGACGGAAAGACUCACAGCUGCCGCCGAGGAGAUUCUGCAGGUGUUCGAACGAACCAUCGAGAAAUACGAGGAAGAAGCUUCCAGGUCCAAACAGGAGAACGAUCAUCUGAGGGGUUUGCUGCAGGAGUUCUCCCACCAGAGAGACCUGCCUCAGUCAUCCCUCUGUAAAGAUGAAACCCCCCCUGAGCGGCACCACUGUGAGCACGAGCCUAGUCUCAGCACCAGUCAGAUGGAGCCAGAACCCAGACGCAUUAAAGAGGAGGAUCAGGAGGUCUGGGCCUGUCAACAAGAUGGAGAACCGGCUCGAGAGUUUAGGGAUGCUAACGACAUGUAUCUACCCCUUUCAGCUGAGUGGGAGGGACACGAGCAGGAGCACACAAAACCGUCUUCGAAAACUCCAACUCAAAACAGUGACAGCGAGGAGCAGUUUGAGGAGUCACCCGAAGCUAAAGCUCUACAGUUCAGGCCCCAUUUCGCCCCAUUCCCGCCUUCACAGACUCAGAUCCAAGAUGGUCGGGAACACGAACGACCCGCUGCGAGUUUCAUGUCAAACCAAACAAAGACAGUUCAAAACCAGGGUUCAAUCAUCACCUCCAGGGAGUCGGCUGAGGUAUCUCAUUUGAGUUCCCUCGCACCUGGCUAUCACUGCUAUUUGUGCGAUAAAUCCUUUGCCUCCAAACACCACUUGAUAAACCACGCUUUGCGCAUGCAUUCGAUGGAUGCAGGUUUCCCCUGUGCUGUGUGUGGAAAGGCCUUAGAGUCCACCGAAAGUCUUAACGUGCACCUCAAGUCACACAAGGCCUCCAGGUGCUGUCACGUGUGCGGUAAACAGUGCAACAGCAGCACGGCUCUGGCGGAACACAUGACCAGCCACACGGGGGUGAAGCUGCACCGCUGCCAGGUGUGUGGGAAGGAAUGCAGCCGGAAAGGAGACUUAAAGAUACACAUGAGGAUCCACACGGGCGAGAAGCCUUUCUGCUGCUCUUUCUGUUGUAAAAGCUUCACCCACAGCGGACAUCUGAAGAAGCACCUGAGAAGCCACACGGGGGAGAGACCCCACCGGUGUAACGUCUGUGGCAAAGGAUAUCUACAGAGCGCACACCUCAAGUACCACUUAGGGACUCACACGCAGAAAUACUGAUUCAUCCUCAUCCACCAGGGCCCAUAGCCAAUUUUUCAGAAAACAAUUACUAACCCUAAAUGCGGAAUAGUCAUCAAGUGCAAUUUGAAGUUCAGUGUCUUGCCCAAGGACACUUUGGCAGGCAGACUUAAGGAACCGGGAUUCGAACCCCUAACCUACUGAUUAGUGGACGACUCUAUCUCCUGAGCCAAUACUUAAAUAAGAAGUGAAUGGAAAGACUUGUUGUUUAACUUAUUGCUUCCUGUCACAUUGUUGAUCAUGAUCAGUUAUAUCACUUGUAUAAUUCAGACAGUGAAGAUGGGCUCUCACCUUUUUUCCUCUCCCGCUCUCACUUAGGAUCUUCUGAGGUCUUUUCAUUUCAAUGCUACUUUAAAAUAACAUUUAUUAAGUUUUGAAAGUUGUUGUCGAAGGGAAGAAUUUAAACUUUUACUUCUCCGGGUCAGAAAAACAUUUCUCUGUUAGCGGUUUGAUAAAUUCUGGGCCGGAUGUUUACAACAUGUUCCUCUUGGCUGUUACUGACCUUUAGUUCUGAUGGGAAAUCUUUACUCAUUGACAACAAACAGGGAUGUGCUUUGUUCAAGUAAGAGUUAUAACACUGUCGUUGACAUAAAAAAAUAAACCGUCUUUGUUGGUAUUCUUUU